AUGGUUUCUAUAUCCAAGAUUAUCAACAAUGGGUUAUUAUUAGUUGGACAAAGUGUUUAUCAAGAUGUUGCAGUUCCAGAACAGGCUUCGGUUGAUAAUUAUAAUGUUAUCAAGUAUCUUGGAGGUGCAGCACCAUAUAUUCAGCAUAACGGGUUUGGGAUCAGUAGUGAAAUUCCUCAACAAUGUACGUUAGAUCAAGCCCAUUUAAUUUCGAGACAUGGAGAAAGAUAUCCCUCGAAGGGGUUGGGUAAGAACUUUGAAAAAAUCUAUGCUAAAUUCCAAGCAUACAACCAAACAUACAAGGGAGAUUUAUCCUUUUUAAAUGAUUAUGAAUAUUUUGUUCAUAAUAAAGAAUAUUACGAAAAGGAAACUGAUCCAAAAAAUAGUGAAGGUACUUAUGCUGGUACUACCAAUGCUUUAAGACAUGGUGCUUAUUUCAGAGCAAGAUAUGAGUCCCUUUUCAACUCCAAUGAAACCUUACCAAUUUUCACCUCAAAUAGUGGAAGAGUUCAUCUUACUUCGAAAUACUUUGCUAGAGGUUUCUUGGGUGAUGAUUAUGCCGAUGAUAAAGUUAAAUAUAAUAUAAUUACUGAAGAUGGAUCCCAAGGGGCCAAUUCAUUAACUCCUUAUGCUGGUUGUAAAGAUUAUAAUCAAAGUGCUUUUGAUUAUAAAGUUGAUGAAUAUGACCAAACUUAUUUGAAAACUAUCUUGAAAAGAUUCCAAUCAGAAAACCCUGGUUUGAAUUUAACCAGUGAUGAUGUUUACCAAUUAUUUAGUUGGUGUGCAUUUGAAAUUAACGUUAAUGGUACUUCACCAUUUUGUAAUUUAUUCACUACUGAAGAAUACGUUAAAUACUCUUAUAAUCAAGACUUGACUUAUUUCUAUGAACAUGGUCCUGGUAAUAACUUAACUGCAACUAUUGGUGCUCCAUUUUUAAAUGCAACUUUACAAUUAUUAAAAGAUGAUAAGGCUUCAAAUAAAAUUUGGUUAUCUUUCACUCAUGAUACUGAUAUUGAAAAAUAUCACAGUGCUUUAGGUUUAUUAGAACCAAGUUCAGAUUUACCAACUGAUCAUAUUCCGUUCCCAAAUCCUUAUGUUCAUUCUUCCAUUGUUCCCCAAGGUGCUAGAUUAUACACUGAAAAAUACACUUGCGGCAAUGAUUCAUAUGUGAGAUUCUUAGUUAACGACGCCGUUUAUCCUUUGCAACAUUGUCAAGAUGGUCCAGGAUUCUCUUGUUCUUUAUCUGGCUUUGAAGAUUAUGUCAAUCAAAGAUUGAAUGGUAAAAACUACCUUCAACAAUGCGGCUCCCAUGAUGUCCCUGGUGAUGUAACCUUCUUCUGGGAUUAUACUACAACCAAUUAUACUGCUCCUGAUAUCGAUUCAUAA